ACACACACACACACACACACACACACGGCAUCUUCCAGGAAGAAACCCCGGAAUAAAACCCGUCAGUCGGUGAAUGAGCGGCUCCUCUCAGGUCUAAGGAGGAUUUCCAGGAGCUGCUGUUGAGACGGACACACAGUCACCAUGCUGAUUAAAGAGUUCCGAAUUGUCCUGCCCAUUUCAGUGGAGGAGUACCAAGUGGGUCAGCUGUACGCAGUAGCAGAGGCCAGUAAGAAUGAGACGGGUGGAGGAGAAGGUGUGGAGGUGUUGGAAAACAGGCCCUACGAGAAUGAGGAUGGAGAGAAGGGGCAGUACACCCACAAGAUCUACCACCUGAAGAGUAAAGUGCCAGCUAUUAUCCGCAAGCUUGCUCCAAAAGGUUCUCUGGAGGUUCACGAGAAGGCCUGGAACGCAUAUCCUUACUGUAAAACUGUCCUUACAAAUGUGUACAUGAAUGACAACUUUGAGAUUAAGAUUGAGACGUGGCACAAACCUGAUAUGGGGGACCAGAAUAAUGUACACGGACUAGAUGAAGGCACAUGGAAAUCAGUGGAAGUAGUUAACAUUGACAUUGCUGACAGGAGUUCCAUAGAUGCAAAGGACUACAACCCAGAACAAGAUCCAGCCAUCUUUAAGUCAAAGGAGACAGGUCGAGGGCCGUUGGGACCUGGGUGGAAGAAAGAACUCGCCAACAACCCCGACUGUCCUCACAUGUGUGCCUAUAAGCUCGCCUCUGUUAAUUUCAAGUGGAAGAUAAUAGGGAGCACUGUGGAGGGUGUGAUUCAGAAGAUAGAGAAACGCAUCUUCACCCACUUCCACAGACAACUGUUCUGCUGGAUCGACAAAUGGAUCCAUCUGACGAUGGACGACAUACGGCGCAUGGAGGAGGAGACAAAGGCGGAGCUGGAUGAGAUGAGGAAGAACGAUGAAGUCAGGGGCAUGGGAGCUGAAGGCAACUGAUGACACCUGACUGGCUAACCCAAUCACUCCCUGAUGAAGGAGGAUGUGACUUCAGCCAGUGAGCUCAGAGUCUUCUCCUUGGAUGCUGGACCGAGAGCAGCUUGAUAGGCAUAAUCAAGAAUACCACGCUUAGAUACUAAUAAAAUUUGCUCUUAAUAAGAGCUCCUUAUUGUAAAGCAGUUGUGUGUAUUUAUCUACGACAUGUGAAUACAACUACAGUAGCGUUUAGGUUUGUUUUUUUUAAGGGACAAGUUUGCAAGUUGGGGAAUCUGUUCUUGCUUAUGCCUAUUUAGUCCUCUUGAGUUUUACAUUAGGGGAAAGGUUGUGGGUGUUCGCUGAGGAAAUGUUUCUGACUACUGGCGUCCUUUUAAUUGCAGUUAUUUGGGUUGUGUUCGUUAUCUGAUUUUGUAUUUUCUCAGUGGUUUAUUGUUUGUUUUACUCCACUCCUGUCUGUAUCCAUAAAAGCUCCGGUCACUAGGAUCUUACAGACCUUCUGUCUUUAUAAUAAUUUACCAAAAUGAAACAGACUAAACUGGUUUUGAGAAAAUUCUUAAUUUUUCUCGCCCCACAAUCUGUACUUUGGCUCUGUUCUGUCAAACUGUUAAAUUCCUCCACCCUUAAAGUUUCCUUAAUGUGAUUUGAUUCAUCAUAACAUGCUGGCUGGGGCAUUGCAAUAAAAAUACAGCUUAUGAUUUACCUAAAAAACAUAUGAGGUGUUUACUUUGAAAAGACUCCAUGAAAGGCAUGUGGUAUAACUCCAGAGUGGCGGUACUCCUGGUCCGACUGCACCUGCUGUGUGUCAGGUGGUUGGUUUAGCUUCAGACAAAGACGCCAGCUGCUGUUUUGUAAUUAAAGCUUUGGUUUAGGUUUUGCGUGUUGGUGAUGAUGAUGAUGAUGUGUAAGAAGAAGCUGAACUCAAAAUGAUCGACACGAGCAGUUCUGUCUUGAGUUUAGGAGUUAGGUCGACAUCAUUGUGAGUCUUGUCCUGUGUUGAAUGAAUUAACCUGGGUUUUAAUGUUAUGAGUUGUAUGAUUGUGUAGUAUAUUAAAGACAAUGUAUUUGUUCAUGG